GGCAGACCCUGCAUCAUGGAUUCUCUUUCAAAAGCAAAUGGCACCUUUGCCAUCCAGGUUUUGAAGAUGCUGUGUCAAGACAGACCUUCACAAAAUGUGUUUUUUUCUCCCCUGAGCAUCUCCUCUGCCCUGGCCAUGGUCCUCCUGGGGGCAAAGGGGAACACCAAAGACCAGAUGGCUCAGGCAAUGUCUUUAAAGAUACAGGAAGACAUCCAUAAGGGCUUCCAGAUGCUUCUCACCCAAGUGAACAAGCCUGGCUCAAAGUACUUGCUUAGAACAGCCAAUAGGCUCUUUGGAGAGAAGACCUGUGAUUUCUUCUCAACAUUUAAGGAGUCCUGUCUUCAGUCCUACAACACAGAGCUGGAGCUGCUGUCCUUUGCUGAAGCUACAGAGAAGUCCAGGGAGCAUAUAAAUACUUGGGUCUCAAAAGAGACGGAAGGUAAAAUUCCAGAGUUGCUACCAAAGAACUCAAUUGAUGAGCAGGCCAGGCUGGUUCUUGUCGAUGCCAUCUACUUCAAAGGAACAUGGGAUGCGCCAUUUGACAAAUCACAUGUGUGUGAAAUACCUUUCCUAAUAAAUCAGGAGGAGUCAAGGCCAGUGCAGAUGAUGUGUCAGAAAGCCAAUUUUAACUACAUCUACAUCAGUGAGGCCCAGGCACAGGUGUUGGAGCUGCCCUAUGCUGGCAAGACGCUGAGCAUGAUCAUCCUGCUCCCAGAUGAGGACGUGGAYCUCAGUGUGGUGGAAAAUAGCCUUACUUUUGAGAAAUUCCUAGACUGGACCAAG